AUGGAUUUUUCUGGCAAAGUAGUACUUAUAACUGGAGCUAGUUCGGGUUUCGGUGCCACCACUGCUGUAUAUUUAGCAAAACUGUCCGCUAAACUAGCACUUGUUGGGCGAAAUGAAAAAAACUUGUUAGAGACAGUCGCAAUAUGUGAAAAAGAAAAAGGUUUUAAGCCUUUAGCUAUUGUUGCGGAUAUUACGAAGGAAGCCGAUGUGGAAAGAAUUAUAAAAGAAACAUUAGACCACUUCAAGCAACUGGACGUGUUAGUCAAUAAUUCUGGAAUUUCAAAAAGCGGUGGAAUCAAAUCUCUAACUCUGGAAUCAUAUGAUAUUGUAAUGAACACCAAUGUACGAGGUACCUUCUAUCUCACAUCAUUAGCAGUACCACAUCUGAUAAAGACAAAAGGAAAUAUCGUUACAGUAUCAAGUAUAACUUCAUCGCAGUCUAUACCAAACAUGACAGUAUACACAAUGUCAAAGGCUGCGCUGGAUCAAUUUACCAGAAAUCUCGCAGUAGAAUUAGGACCAGAUGGUGUACGAGCAAACUGCGUUAAUCCAGGUUUAGCUAAAACUAAUAUAGUUAGUCGAAUGGGCUAUACGGACGAUCAGUGUAAUGCAUUAUUUGAAAAAAUGGUAAAGGAGACACCUUUGGGCAGAUUAACUGAACCCAUUGAUGUGGCUGCUUUAAUUAGUUUUCUAGCAAGUGAUCUGGCUAAAAGUAUUACCGGUGCCACACAUUCAAUCGACGCAGGAAGGUAUUUGUAA